AUGACCCAACUUCGAACCACGGCUACGGCCUUCGCCACGUCCACUGAGGGCGAGCCGCCAUUGGUGACGCAGAUCAUCGCAUUGCUCAAGGGCAUGUUCUGGGGGAAGUCGAACAGCGAGAGGGGAAUCUCGGUCCCGGAGGAGGAAGAGACAGUCCCGAAGAAAUACGUUCACGUCCCGACGCACGCGGCGAGCAGUUUCUUGAGGACAGCAACGCCGAAACAUAUGAAGAAGGCGAAUGAGAUCCUGUGA